AUGGAAGAAUUCAUCAGAAGCAACUUGGAUCGCUAUCAAUGGCUCAUUGAACGAGUCAAGCCGGCAGCAAAGCCCAAACAACCACCCAAUUCGAGCACAUCCAUUGAUAACAUUGUCUGCGCUCGUGUACGGCCCUUGUCUGAUGAAGAAACGGCUGAAGGCUUGCCAUCAUCAAUCUUUACGAGGGUGCAUGAGCCGGGGACAUUUGAUGCACACGAAUUGAGGCAUCCCGUAAGGGGAAAGCCAGUUCUUCGAUCCUCCAACUACACGGUAGAUCGGUCGUAUGGCCCCGACGCCUCAACCGAAGCAAUAUACAACGACUCUGUGAAGCACCUCGUCUCCUGGGUAUGGGGCGGCGGCAUCGGAACAUUAUUUGCCUAUGGACAAACGGGUUCCGGUAAAACAUUCACAGUUAGUGGCAUCGAAAAGCUGGUUGUGAAAGACCUCUUGGAAAGCAAUCUAGAAGGAGACCGUAAAAUUUACAUCUCCGUAACAGAAUUCGCAGGCAAUUCGGCAUUCGACCUUCUUAAUAGUCGACGGCCCAUUUCCGUGCUUGAAGACUCAUUCGGCAACACACAACUCGCAGGUGCCCUUGAACACCAAGUACAGAGCACAUCCGACGUCCUCGCGCACAUUGAAUAUGCGACCAAGUUCCGUCGCACAGAGGCAACCCAGAAGAACGACACUUCCUCUCGCUCCCACGCGAUUUGCCGCAUACGCGUAGAAAUUCAGGACAUUCCCAGUGCGGAAGAUGGUAUCCUGUACCUUGUUGACCUGGCGGGCUCGGAAGCCGCGCGCGAUAGAGAGACUCACAGCGCUGAGCGAAUGAAGGAGGCAAAGGAGAUUAACAUUAGUUUAUCAGUGCUGAAGGACUGUAUUCGGGGCAAGAUUGAAGCAGAUGCACCUGUUGGCACGCAGACGAAGAGGAAGCCGUAUGUCCCGUUUCGACAGAGUGCGUUGACAAAGGUUCUCAAGCAUGUGUUUGAUCCGGCGGGGACAAGAAGCUGCAAGAAUGUCGUCAUGGCUUGUGUGAACCCGUGCCUGUUGGACAUCUCGGCGAGUCGAAAUACAUUGAGGUAUGCCGAGAUGCUGCGAGUUUUUGUGCCACAAGUCAAGGAGGUUAAAUACAGGGAGAGUGUGCCAGCAACGUGGAAUAACGAGCAGUUGCGGGAGUGGAUUGCAGCAAAUUCUGGUUCACCAGCGAUUGAUGCCGCGAUAUUGGCUCCGAUAGAGACUGGCGCACAACUUGUGCGUCUCCCUGCCCCAGAGUUUGAAAGUCGAUGCCUCAAGACCCCGGGUGUUAUUCACGAGCAAGCUUUUGCAUUUCGAUCCAAGCUAUGGCAACUUCAUGUCGAUUCUCGUCGCCCCAAGGAGAAAGCCCAAGGCAAGGAGGACGAGGAUGAUGGCCCGGAUUCAGUGCUAGGACACUUCAAGCGCUUCGACAGAUCAAGCAGUCGUGACCUCGACGGCUCUGCUGAGUCUACUCCAUUCAAAGACCGUAUUCGCCCUGGAAUGGCCGUUUCCUGGACGCAAAAGAAGAAUAGCUACGUCGGCGGUUUCUGGACAGAUCUCAAUAUUGCGUUGAUUCUGUGCCCAGCAGCGGCGGUUGGGCCAACGACUCAAGAUACGCAGGGCCGCAGAGUGGAUGCGCAAUUUGAGGGAAACAAGACGGCAGAUGGCAAGGCCAAGCGGUAUUUGUGCGCCAUGGUGUUGCCGGCUGUGUUUCCUGGUGCUUUUGAAGUGAGCGUGUGGCGGUAUGUGGUGGUGGAUGUGGAUGAUAUGGAAAAAGAGGUGAUUUUGGAGUAUGAUUCUGCGACGAGGUUCUACCACCUGGCUGUAUGA